UGCUUAGCUUUAAGGUAGUAAACACGCCUUUGUAUUUUGUAUAAUUAAUAAAAAAUUUAAAAAGUCUUUUUUGGUGUUUGAAAAUCUAUCUCGUGUAUUUUAAAUCCGGUUCUGUUUAUCUAUACUAAAAAAGUUCGACUAGAUAGUGGAAGAAAUUCGAGUAAUAAAAUUACAUAUCAAUAACAUUGAAUCAAAAAGUGUGGCGAUUUUGUACUGUAAAAUAGCAAUGGCUUUAGAGAGGAAAAUUAUUGAAACAAAACAAGCACCAGCUGUAGCACCAUUUCUUAGCCAAGCUGUUUCUUUCAACAACCUAAUCUAUUUAUCAGGAUCUCUAGGAGUGAACCCAGACACAAAUAAAUUUGUAGACGGAGGAGUGGGACCGGAAACCAAACAAGCUCUAGAAAAUAUUAAAAAUAUACUAGAAGCUGGUAAAUCCAGUAUUGAAAAUAUUGUUAAAGCAACUGUGUAUCUUAAAGAUAUCAAAGAUUAUGGAGUUAUGAACGAUGUCUACAAACAGUAUUUUACCAAAAAUCCUCCUGCCCGAACCGCUUUUCAAGUUGGAAAUCUUCCUCACAACGCCUCUGUGGAAAUUGAAGUUGUAGCAGCUGUUGGAAACUUAAAAACUUCUCAUUCUAAAUUGUAAAUAAAAUCUAAUGAAGAUUAUAGAUUUCUAACGCGUUUAUUUUUAAUCAACUAAUCAACUAAUGCACUAAUACCAUCUUAUCUUUAUCAUAUUCUCUCACUUAUCCCAUCUUAGAAAAUAGAGUCUUUCUUAUUUGAUGAAAUUAUGGAAGACCUACAGGGAGUAAUUCCGUGGAGAUGUGGUGAUGAUGUGGUGUUGCCCGAUAAUUUGGUGGAAGUCUUAAAUAAGCAGCAAAGAGACAAGUUUGAAACGGGCCUCUCUAAUAAUUACUAGAGAAGACCACUAUACAAUUGGUGGAACUGAGAAAAUUAAUUUUUUUUUGGUCAGUAAAAUAAAUUUUCCAAGGAAUAAAUUCUUUUUAAACUUCUCAAAAAUACUUUAUCGUUAUUGGAUACCCAAUUUACAAGAAGUAAUAAAUUAUUUUAAAUCCGCAAUUGACAAAGGACAUACAAUCGUAACAGUUUUUUUUAGUUUUACGUCGUGUUUUUGAAGUGGUAGAUAUAAAUAUUCUAUUAAAAAACUUAAAUUAUUUUGCAGUAAACGAUUCUGCAUAUAACUUGUUUGAUUCAUAUUUAGGCGCGUUACUACAGGGAGGCCAGUCCUCCCCCACGCUGACGUCGCUGGCCCUCCCUCUCCCCAGGAAAAUUCCGAUUCUGAUUUUUUUAUGAAAGUUUUAUGAUAGCCGAUUGCGUUCUGGAAUUAUUCUAACAACUGAAUAGGAAAUUAAAGUUAAUUUAGAGCUUAUUUAUAAGUUUUUAUUUUAAACAGUGUGUAAUGAAAAUAUCUAUAAUACAUUAACUACAGUUAUUCGCCCCGAAUAACUUGAUUACUGGGACCUUUGUCCUGCCAUUGCAUACAUCACAUUUUUUAUACCAAUGUGCUACAUCCCGUCGGCAAUUGACCCAAUAAAAUCUUUCCCGAACUCGUGCUAGUGUCCUUUUAGUACCAAAAUGACCUCCCGAAAGAAUGCUAUGAAGCUCCUCCAACGGUGUAAUAGGUGUAAUAGGUGUAAUAGGCCAUCGUGAAGAUACAGGGAAUCCCACUGAGUUCAGUAUCCUUUAAUAGCUCCGCUGUAUUUUGCUAUCUCUUGCGAAGUAGGUGUGACUUUAUUUUUGAGCCAUUCUAGGACAACCUUUAAGUCAUUGCUUUCUUCUGCCCCUUUCUCAGGCGUUCAAGGGUGAUUUCUUCUUCAUCGCCCUCUGGUUUGAUAGUGGUUGCCCGAAGAGUAACUUUAUCAACCGGUACCUCCCGUUCUCCGAGCCCUUUACUGUAGCGGCGUUCUCGUUCUAAAUAGGGUCGCCUGGAGAGAAUGUUUGCGUUGCUAUGGAGACGGCCUCUACGAUGCUUUAUUUUCUGGUUACUGCAGAAAGCCGGCUAGUUGUGGGUGUUUGGCUUCUUCGGGACGCAUAACUGCUGUAAUUAUUUCUUGUUGGACUUCGUGGCGAUCUUCGGGAGAUUGGUCUAUGUGACAUUCUGGCCUCAUUUCUUGAUUUAUAGAACGAGCCCUGCUUCUGCAGAUCCUUUCAAGUUGCCUGAUUCUUCCAAAAUUAAAGCAUCUCCUGCUUCCAUUUUGGCUGUUUCGUUGCAUAUUUUACAGGAUAUUUAAGAUUUGUGAGAGGGUAGGUUGGUAAAUGGUAUUAGUAUUUCCUGGAAUUUAAUUUCUCUCACUCUUGCGCGAGACGAUCUGGAAGAAGUUUUACCGCUUCAUAUUUCUGAGCUGUAAUCAGUUUCUUGUGAUGUUGUAGACGAAGGGCUUGAUGCAUUUCCACAUCUUGUAUAUAGUCCAUCAAUGAAUGCCUGUAUUCCGAUUUGUUCUUGUAAAUCUUUCGGCGCCUGUGGCUAGGCCAGAUGAAUCAAUCUUCUUAUGUCAGCCUCGAAUUCCUGUAGACUCUCAUUAUGUUUUCUGACUACGAACCUUUAAUUGGCUUUGGAAUACCCGUUUUAAAUGCUGCUGGCCAUAUCUUGUCUCCAACGCUUGGAAAGAGAUGAAUAACUGGUUUUUUUUUGAGGAAGUAACUGUAAAACGAUUGCUGCCUGUUCCCGCAGCGACACUAUCAAUGAUGCCGCCAUCUUUUUUUCAGCCCAACCAUUGGCUCUAGCUGCAGCUUCAAAUUGGAAUCGUUACGUUCCUAUGUUAUCUGACCAUCAAACGUGGGUGGCUUCAUGAUCUUGCUAGUAUGGCUUUGUGAAACUGGGUUUUGGAUAUGGCUUGGUUCGGUUAUAGGCGAAGUUAUCGCCAUAGCGGGUACCUGCAGGCCGGCACA